ACAUCACGGUGUGGUGUGGAAGAAGCGAGGCGUUGGGCCCCGUGAUUCCCUUCAACUUUCGCUUUCUCCCCCUCGGGCCUCGCCUCCUCUCUCUCUCUCUCUCUCUCUCUCUCUCUCUCUGCGCCAGUGCGCCCCACGCUGCAUCCUCAAAACCAUUCUCCAUCGAAUCCGUCGCGCUCAAAGCACGCCCUUCACAGCACAGCUGCGAGUGUGCGUGCCACCGCCGUGCGAGCCAAGAAACGUGAUGCCGCGCCGCGGCUAAGAAUCAGGUGUAUUCUUCAGGCUAACAAGCGCGCGAGACGACGCAAUGACGCUGCAGAUGGAGCCGCCGGUGCCGCCGCCGCGGCGGUCGGUGUCGACGACCUGCGACCUCCACCCAGGAGAAACCUUCACGGGCUUCUGCGCCGCCUGCCUCCGCGAGCGCCUCGCGGGGCUCGAGUCCACCGGCGGCUCCGCCGCGGCCGCCGCGCCGGGCCGCAGGUCCACCUCCGCCAUCCGCUCGCUCUUCACCCGCCCGUUCGCCGCCGCCGCCGGCGGGGCUCCGUCGGGAUCCGGCGCCGCCGCGCUGCCGGACCUCCGCCGCUGCAAGUCCUUCUCCUGCGGGCGCGGGGGCGACGCGCUGGCCGCCGCGGGCGAGCCGCAGCGGAGGUCGUGCGACGUGCGCGGGCGGAGCACUCUCUGGGCGCUGUUCCACCAGGACGACCGCCAGCGGGUUCGCGACGGCACCGCGUUCGGCGCCUUCCCGGCCUCGUCCUCCGCCGCCGCGGCCGCGCUCGCCGCCGAGGUCCUCCCGCCCCCGCAGCCGCCACCUCCCGCGUGCGUCCCUGAGAUGUUCUCGGAGGAGGAGAUCGCUGUGGCCGAGGACUCUGACGAGAUUGUCGCGGUGAUGGAGCCCGUCUCAGUCGUGGGCACCUCUGGGGAGAUGGAGACGGAGGUGAGUGCGGCGCGGGACGUUAGGGCCAUGAAGGAUCACAUAGAUCUCGAGGCCUCGCAGUCGCAGCAGCCCAGGAAGCUGCCGCCCAAGGACCUCAAGGAGAUGGCCGGGAGCUUCUGGCUUGCCGCCUCCAUGUUCAGCAAGAAGUGGCAGAAGUGGAGGGGCAAGCAGAAGCUCAAGAAGCAGGAGGCCGCGGGCAGCAAGGCGGCGGCGGCGGCAAUGCCCCCGCCGGAGAAGCCAUCCAAGCCCUCGUUCCUCCGGCGUAGCCGCUUCCGCCGUGGCGAAGCCGGCUCCGAGUUCGCCGGCGGCCGGCGCUCGUGCGACACCGACCCACGAUUCUCCUUGGACGCCGGCCGCAUGUCCGUCGGUGACAUGGGCUUCUCCUGGGACGAGCCCCGUGCGUCGUGGGACGGCUACCUGUUCGGCGCCGGCACCGGCAUUGGUCUCGGCCGCGCGCCGCCGCUCUCCCGUCUUCCUCCUAUCCUCUCGGCUAUGGAGGACUCCCCCGCCGGCAUUCUGGAGCGCUCCGACGGCCAAAUCCCCGUGGAGGACGACUCCCAGCCGGAGCCCGACCACGACGCAAACGUCCCUGGGGGCUCGGCCCAGACGCGAGAUUACUACAUGGACACCUCAAGCCGGAGGCGCCGGAGCCUUGACAGGUCGAGCUCUGUGCGGAGGUCCUUUGAAGUCACCGACCCAAAGCCAGUGCCAGUGCCAGUACCAGUACCUGUUCCAGUGACCGCACCGGCCGCCAUUGUCAACGGCAAGGAAUCCCCUGCAAUGGGCAGCUCGGAGUUCUACCACUUCCACCACGCCGAAGACCUGUUCGACCACCGCUUCAGCACCAACUCACUCGUCGAGGACUUCUCCGCCAGCCUGGACGCUGCCUUCCACGGCCCCGCGAAGAAGCCGCCGCGGUGGCGCAAGGCGUGGAGCCUCUGGGGCCUGAUCCACCGCCGCGCCGCGGGGCGCAGGGACGGCGCGUCCGACGCCGCCGACCGCGCGUUCUCGGAGCCAUGGCCGGACCUGCGCGUCCGCGGGUACAACGGCAGGAUGCAGCGGUGCAACAGCAACGCCAGCGCGCGGAGCUCGUUCAGCAGCAACAGCGGCGGUCUGGGCAGCUCCAGGCGCAGCUACCUGGACGCCCACGGGAAGCGGAGGCGCGAGGAGUGCGCGGCGCUGGAGCGGAACCGUAGCGCGCGGCACUCGCCGGGCAACGCGGACAACGGCCUGCUGCGGUUCUACCUCACGCCGAUCCGGAGCGCCAGCGGCCGCCGGACAGGCGUCCUCCCGGUGAAAGGCGGUCGGCAGCUGAGGUCGCAGUCGUUCGCGCGGACGAUGCUGGGGCUGUACUAGAGUAUUGACGACGGCCACCUGAUUGCUGGUCAAGCUGCUUCAUUUCAGUAGGCAGUAGCUGAUGGCUUACAUGUUGAGUAGUUUGGGUGGGUGGUAUAACCAAAAUCGUUUACAUCUUUGUGUAGUGCAGUGAUCCUUUUGUUCAUUCGGAGGGCUGGAUAAAAUGAAGUUUAAUCUCGUAAUCACGACUUGACUCUGUUGUUGUUCUA